AUAUUCCUCAUCCCUUGGUUUAAUUUAUCUCUCUAAUCUUAGAGAGAAAUAAGAAAGAAAACAAAGGAAAGAAAGAAGACAACGGAGGAAGAAGUGCCUCUAAAGGAAAGAAGAGGGAAUUGGGGCUUUCAUUAUCUUUCUACCCUUUUCUCUCUGUUUUCCCGAGAAACCCAAGGAAAUCGAAGGCAAAAUUUAGAAGGGAGAAAGAGAGACAGAAUGAUGACUGAUGAUAAUGAGGGAGAUGCGAAGGUUGUUGGGUUGGGAUCUAACAAUAUCAACGAUAAUAAUAAGUUUCCAUUGAGCUUUUGGGAGGUGGCCGUGGCUUCGUCUGUGGUAUUGGGAUUCAUUGCUGGUCUUCUUGGGGUUUACCUAACCAUGCCCUCUUCUGACUACAGCUUCCUCAAGCUCCCUCGCAGCCUUGAAGAUCUUCAAAUACUCAGAGAUAACCUUGAAAGCUACACAAGUGACUACACUGCCCAGGUCCUGGUGGGUUAUUGCUUGGUAUACAUUUUCAUGCAGACUUUCAUGAUUCCAGGAACUGUGUUCAUGUCUCUGCUUGCCGGAUCCCUUUUUGGAGUCUUCAGAGGCGUGGCUCUUGUUGUUUUUACUGCCACUGCCGGUGCUUCUUCUUGCUAUUUCUUGUCAAAGAUGAUUGGUCGUCCCCUAGUCUUCUCACUUUGGCCUGACAAAUUGAAUUUCUUCCAAGCACAGGUGGCUAAAAGAAGAGAACGGCUGUUGAACUACAUGCUUUUCCUGAGACUGACACCAACUUUGCCUAAUACUUUUAUCAAUGUUGCUUCUCCAAUUGUCGAUGUGCCUUAUCAUAUAUUCUUCUUCGGAACUUUAAUUGGUCUCAUACCUGCUGCUUAUGUUACCGUGAAGGCUGGAAUAGCACUUGGAGAGCUGCAGUCCAUUGGUGAUCUCUAUGAUUUCAAUUCAAUUGCCACUUUGUUCCUCAUAGGACUUGUCUCAGUUACACCGACUCUGGUGACGAAGGACAAGCCUGCGUAGGACUCUACGCCACUAGCUCAGUUUGCUGGGUAACAUGGACUCGGGUUCUGUUGGCAGACAUUUCGCCUCUGCAGACUAUGAGUAGCAACUACACAUGGAUGCAUGGAACUAUGGAAGUGACGCAAGAUGAAACUCUCUGAAGUGUGGUUACCUCUACAUUUACACUUGGUUAAAGAUGUUUGGUUGGGUUGGAGGGGUUGGUUAGAGUGGGAAAGGAUGCGGUGAAUGUGUUGUUUAAUUUCGCAAGUAGGAAAGAACUCAAUGUGUAUAUUUUAAGAGUAUAAGUAGGCCUUAUCUUUUCAAGUU